AUGGCCACCAGCGGGAACUCUAUUAGAACAGCCGUUGAUUUAGACAACUUAAUUAAAGAAUAUACGUAUUUUGAAAAGGUAAGUGAUAUAUAACAUGAUAAUUCCUUUUGAAGAUAUACAGCAUUGUUAGAAGAAACAAGUUUCAUCUUAAAUUCAUCACCAUGCAAUGGGAUGAUACUCAUUUUGUUGUGAAAGACAAAUAGAGCUCGAGAGAAGCGUGGUGGGGAGGGGGGUGGAGCAGCAAGUGAAUGCACUUGCACCUAAGGACCAUAGCUGCGUCUCAGUUUGGCAAGAAAUUCGCCACUUAUUUUUUCUUUUUGUAGGUAAUGAGACACACAGCACAGGAAAACAGCUGCCUUGAGAAGGAAGUACGAUCCCUUAAUAAGCAGCUUCAGUCCAGCCAGGAGGCUGAAAAGUUGUCCAUAGAAGGUUGGUGUUUAGGGAAGCCUUCUUGUGUGAUUGAUCUCCUUGCUUAUUUCUAACAAACUGUAAAAAGAGUGGGCGACUGCGGAUUGAGAAUUUGCUAGGUGUUAGUCUGGAGGACCGAAGACCAGCUUACUUUGGGCACGCGAAAGAUUAGUCUGACAUGGCUUUUUCAGAGCCUGUUAUGGAAAAUGUUUUAAGAAUAAAGUCACGUCACGUUUCGUGCAUGGAAAGAUAUGUAACGAAAUUGUUUCCAUCCUUAAACUUCCUUGUGACCAAUCGGUUUGUCUUUGCGUUUUCAUAUUCGUUUUCCUAGGCAAGUUAUUGUUUUAGGGCUUUUAUUCAGCUGACUACAAAUACUUUGAUCGUGGUUCCUCUGACAGACUUGGUUCUUACUCAGCGGGUUGACCCACAUCUUAUAUUUCAACACUUGUCUAUCAGCCCUUCAUAAUCUGAACAGAAAAUUGUAUACCAGAUACUCACGAGAACCGGCUCUUACUCUUCUCGUUGUUUUAUAUCACAGAAGCUGGAAAGUUCAAGGCUAUGGUAGACAAUCUUCAGAGGAUCCUUUUACAAAGAUGUGACAAAGAAGGUAACAAUUAGCAUCCUCAAGGUUUCAAAAGAUGAUCCCUUUUAGCGUUGGCUUUUUACCGAUUAGUUUUGGGUUCUUUGUAGAGUUUUUUUAAAAUCUUUUUUUGUGUUGUUUCCGCUUUGUGUGUGCAUUUUUGCUCUUGAAGUGUUUGAGUAGCUUAAAGCUUUUGCUAACACAAGGCUUUAACUAAUACCCCAGAACAGAAAUUAAAAUAGCGGUAAAUUUAAACCUCGAAGCCUUGGUUGUCACUAUUCCACUAGUUUUCUGGUAACUGGUAGGUAGUUAACAGAACUCAUUGCUGCUAAUUUGAGUAUAUAUUUCUUCAGAGGAGAACGCGGAACUAAAGUCACACUUGACUGCAGUUACAGAAAAAACAGCCCGUCUUGAACAGGUUAGCAUCAGUGACCUUUCAUCACCACUUUUCCAAAGAGUUCAAGAGAGUCUUAACUUUAAAGCAUGAUUUCAAGUAAAAAUACGACCCAUUAAUCAAUCAGCAGCAUGCGGUCCAAUUCUGUCGGACCGUCCGUUGAUCAGAAGGUCUUAGAACAAAAUGGUCAAAUGAUCUUUUACGACUCCUCAGGAACACAAAACUGAACUUUCUGAAGCACUUAAGAAUCAUAAGCAAGAGAUUCAGAGGGUUAGACAAGAGGAAGUUCAACAAAGUAAGCCAAGGAGCUCAUAUUUUUAGUCUCGUGAUCUGACAGGCUAGGCACCUUUUAGGCUCGAUAAAUAUUUUGACGCAACAGCUUGACAAGAAGCGUUUCAGUUUGUUUUUCAUUUAGAUUUUACGGAAUAAAGGAGACAACAAUUUGAGGAAUUGCAUUUUUGGAAUGAACAGUAUAAAAAGAUUUACAGAGUUGCAUGGUUUGAUUUUAUUUAUGUUUAGGUUUAUGAACUCAGUUCUGGUUUUGUGUUGAAGUUGAUGCUCAAUUUGUUUCUUAUCACUUUCGUUACGUUAAGUACGGGAAAAUACGAGAUAAGAGCGAGUUUUGGUUGCUGUAGUAUUGAAGAAAUGGUUUUAUCAAGAAGAACAUGAGAAGCAAGCAAAGCCACUGGUCUUCACCCUUUCUACUCAUGACUGUUUGCUUGAAAAGCUCUCUUACUCAGUGCUAAAUUUGACCUGACCAAAUUUGAAUACGUUCCUUGACAUCAGAUAGGAAGGCAAUCACAACACUGGAGAAGUCCCUACAAGGAAAGGAAAGUCAAAUACAGCAACUCGAGAAGCAGCUGGCUGAUAUGAGUCACUUGCACCAAACAGAAAUAGUCAAGCUUCGCUUAGAGGUGGGACGGUCAAACAUAUGUGCAAAAAGGGGGGUGCUGAAAGGAGGUUUUCACUGGAUAAUUCUUUUUUCGCUUUUUCUUGACAAAGAAGGAGUAACUUCUAUCUUGCGAGCGCACUUCCUUUGCAAUGCCACCGAUGAAAGCCGGUUACUUUCUCUAUAUUAUUCAUGUACAAUGUCAUUUUUAUAAAUAUUUUAGGCCUAUAGCUGUGUCAAGAAGCUUGUUCCAUUCAGUAUUCUGUAUUUACCUUGGCAGUUUGACGAAAAAAUAUUAAAACUGCAACGUGAAAGAAAUAAUGCCAAAGCUCAGGCUGGCCAAUCGUUUAAUGCCAACACCGACAUUUUCCGAAAGGUUAGUAACAGGUAGAAACCACAGAAUGCUUUUAUUUAUCAAAAAUUGGAUAAAAGGUCAGAAUAUUAAGAACAUAUGAAUGAUGAAGAUAAUUCGACUCUCAGGGGGACCCAGACUAAUUCCUUCUGCCUACGCUGAUGAUGAAACAAAUAAAAUGGUUCUUUUUUUUCUACGACUUAGAGAAAAAUUAACAAACUUUCCUAUCUAUAUUUGAGAUCGUAUCUUCUUUUCGAUGGUUUGUGAAAAGGACCACGUUUGAAUAAUUUGACGUAUUCUUAUAAAUAAAUAAUUUUCAUGAUCUCAAAAUUUUGUGUUUCAUUCUUUAUUAUUUUUCAGGCGCUUAGAGUAAUUAGAAACUUAUAAAGUCUUUUUCAGGUUAAUGAAACAUUUGAGCAUCCGAGAUAGUACUUUAUAAGUAGCCUCUUGAAGAUAGCUGAUACGCGUACAUAUGCGGUAGCGUGACUACAUAUGCAUGUCCAAGGCGAAUAACAAGUAGAGAAAUUGUGGUUUGCUUAGGCUCUGUUUCGAGCUUUGUAGAGCGAUAAAAAUAAGCUGACUGAGGAGAAAUUUUGCGAAGGGAAUACAGGAACUAGGCAAUCAUCUCCCUGUUCUCUCGCUUGUAAACCUUGAACUUGAGUCUAUUCACCGUCAGUAACUAUAUUAAACAAAUGUUCCUUUCUUUGUUUUAGAAACUUCAGUUUGCCAAAGCCGAGGCACAAAAAGAAAUAAACUCCUUGAAAAGUCAAGUCGCCGAGCUGGAAAGAAAGUUAACGAUGCGCCAGAUGCCAGCCUCUAAGAGAAAAUUGUUCUGA